AUGCCUUCACAUCAUAUCUGGCUGCAGUCCGCGCUUCUCCCAGCAGGCUGGGCAGACGACGUGCUUUUAGAGAUCGCCGCGGAUGGCACGAUUGAAAGUAUGAUUGUGGGUUGUUCGGCGGAGCAAAAGCAGCUGGCCGCCGAAUGGAUUCUGAAGCCGGUGGUUCCCGGCAUGCCAAACCUGCACUCCCAUGCGCAUCAGAGAGCGAUGGCAGGGCUGGCCGAAAAGUCUGCAGGGGCAGCGGACAACUUCUGGAGCUGGCGUUCUGUGAUGUAUCAAAUGCUCGAACGUAUCGGUCCUGACCAGAUAUACAGCAUCGCCAGCAUGUUGUAUCUGGAGAUGCUGCAGGCCGGUUAUACCCACGUCGCCGAGUUUCAGUAUCUGCAUCACGCAACAAGUGGUAAAGCCUAUAACAACCCGGCAGAAAUUACGUUGCAAUGUUUGCGGGCGGCGCGGGAUGUUGGUAUUGGAUUUACCGCCUUGCCGGUCCUCUAUCGUUAUGGCGGCUUUGGCGAACAGCCGUCAAAUGAAGCGCAGAAACGCUUUGUGAAUGAUGAAGAGAGUUAUCUGGACAUCUGGCAUCACCUGGAGGAUGCAAUGUUGCCUGGAGAGAUCCUCGGUCUGGCACCGCAUUCACUCAGGGCUGUGAGCGAAGACCUGCUCGCAGGCGUAAUCGCGCAGCUGCCGGCCGGAAAUCGUGCCCAACCACUGCACUUACAUAUCGCAGAACAAACCCGCGAAGUCGAAGAUUGUAUCGCGUGGAGCGACCAACGACCGCUGGCAUGGUUGCUGGAUCGGUUUGAGGUAGACCAGCGCUGGUGUCUCGUACACGCAACCCACCUUGACGCAGCUGAGAAAACUGCGCUGGCCCAGAGCGGUGCAACAGCGGGACUGUGUCCGACAACCGAGGCCAAUUUAGGCGACGGCUUUUUCGAUAUGGCUGUCUCAAUGGGAGCCGAAGGGUGCUUCGGUAUAGGUUCAGACAGCCAGAUUUCGGUGUCGGUUACAGAAGAGUUGCGAUGGCUUGAGUACGGUCAGCGUCUGGCCCUGAGAAAACGUAACGUCAUCGCUGACGUCGGCCAAUUUAACGGACACUGUGGAACAUAUUUGUACCAGAAUGCGGUAAGAGGUGGCAGUAAUGCUUGUGGCUUGCCGGAAUCAGGUUUGACCAAAGGCGCAAAUGCCAGCUUUGUUGUCCUUGACGAUAGCGACCCGCGUAUCGCUGGCGCCCGCGAGGGCGUAUUGCUGGACAGCUGGAUUUUCUCAGCUAGGGACCAGGCGGUUUUUGCGGUUUACAGAAACGGACGCAAGGUUAUUGAUCAGGACCACCAUGUCGACUGUGAGGGAAUUGACGCAGCUUUCAGACAGGCAUUAACGUUCCUGGACUUAAGGUAG